AUGAAGGGGAUUGGGAUCGGGCAGGAGCUGACAGGAGGGGAGGAGGACGGGAGCUUUCGGCGCAGUGACCGGGACGACUACCAGAAGGAGCUCUACGAGACGGCCAACAGGUACCACUUCCUCCACAGCCUGGCACUGCUGGCCGUCCCCCGCUGCCGCCGUCCCCUGCUGGCUGGCGCGCUGCUCAGCUCCGGGAUGGGACUCUUCUGUGGCCCCCUCUAUUACCACGCCUGGAGCGGAGACCCGACUUUCAACAAAGCGGCCCCCUAUGGGGGCUCCCUCCUGAUCCUCGGCUGGCUGGCGAUGGCUCUCUGACCCGCCCCAGCCCCUCGGGGGCCCCUACCCCCCUCCCUUCCCCAAAGGGGAUCCCCCAACUUUGCCUCCCAGCAUUAUGGCUCAUUGGUGUCCCCCUUCCACCUCCUCCCCAUCACUGGCCACGCCCACCCAGCUGAAUUGUCACUCAAGCCCCGCCUCCUGUGUGUGGGCGUGGCUUUCUCCAGCACUCAUUUCCUGGGUGACAAGAGGGGAGUGUCUGUGCCAAGCGCUGACCAAUCGGAGAGCUGGGCUUUACACUUGCCCAUCACUCAUUGGCUGGGCACAAAGCAGGCCUGGAUCCGCAACCAAUGGCAAAGCAGGAGUCCCUCCUCCCCCAUUGGCUGAGCUGGCGGCCAAUCAGAAGGCUGUCUCCAAGGGGCUGCUGUCAUUGGCCAAGGGAGUUCUUGCCCAGGGACCAACUUUCUAGCCAGUGGGAGCAGAGCUCUUCGUUCAUUGGCUGAUGCUGAGGGGUGGACGGGCACUAGGCUAUGCCUUGUCCUAUCACAGGCUGUCUGGGUUCUGAUUGGCUGCGUGGAGCAGGCGAGUGGGAUUGUCACUUCAUGGAGAAAAUCGAUUGAUUUGAUGAUUUUUUUGGUCAAUUUCUUUUUAACUAACAAAUCAAUAAACGCUAAUUUCUACUCUGA